UUCUGAACGAAGUCUAGCUUAGUCACUGAAAUUUCUCCUUUCAUUUAUUUCCCUUUUUAAGUCUAGUGGGGAAAAAAUGACGCUUUGUGGAAAUUUCUCGCAGCGUGAACUCUAGGCGCGCAUUCUAAUGCCUAUAUAUUCUGCUAAAAGAAAUACCUUUUCUUUUGCUAAGAAAUUCUUCAAGUUUAUCAAAAGUCAUAGUAUAAGAAUCCGGUAGAUAUUGCAAUGGAUCGAAAAUGCUCGGCACUUGCUGUGAUGCAUUAUGUAAUGAUGGUUACUUAUUGCCUGGCCAUGACACAAACUAACAUUGAUACUGAUAAGUCAGCUCUCUUAGCCUUGAAAGCCCACAUCACUUCAGACCCUCACCAGAUCUUGUCCAAAAACUGGUCUUCUACUGCUCCAUCUUCCUUUGUUUGUGGCUGGAUUGGAAUCCGGUGCGGCCACCGCCACCGGAGAGUUACUGCUUUAGAUAUUUCCGACAUGGGUAUUACGGGCACCAUUCCUCCACAUUUGGGUAAUCUCUCUUUUCUCGUUUCUCUUAACAUGAGUGGAAACUAUUUCCAUGGAAGUCUGCCUCGUGAAUUGUCACAAUUACGGAGAAUAAGGUCUAUCAGGUUAAGUAACAACAACUUCAGUGGCCAAGUUCCUACUUGGUUCGGACCGAAACUUCAAGUCUUGACUUUAUUUGACAACAAUCUUGAUGGGGUUAUUCCUUCUUCCAUCUCUAAUAUGUCCACUUUAGAAUUUCUAGGUUUGUCAGGCAACUCUCUUUCAGGAAACAUUCCUGAAGAGAUUGGAAAUCUCAAAAGAUUGACAUUUCUAGGUUUGGAAAAGAAUUCUCUCGUUGGUUUCAUACCUUCUUCUAUUUUCAACAUCUCCACAUUGGAGAGUAUUGGUUUUACACAAAAUAACUUGACAGGAAAUCUUCCCGCCCAUUUAUGUGACCGUCUUCCAAAUCUCCGGGGAAUUUAUUUUUCCUUCAAUCAUUUAAGUGGUCAAAUCCCUUCAAGUUUAUCCCGUUGUUCACAACUUCAAAUGUUGUCGUUGUCAUCCAACAAUUUCAGUGGAUUCAUACCAAAAGAACUAGGCAACUUGGAGAUGUUGGAAUCAGUAGCCCUUGGAUCCAACAAUUUACAAGGUUUGAUCCCCAAAGAGGUGGGUAAUCUUCAAAACCUCAGUGAGUUUUCUAUAGCAUACAACAGAAUUUCAGGGUCUAUCCCGCAAGAAAUCGGGAAUUUGACCAAGCUUAUUCGUCUUGAUUUGGGCAGUAACUUCUUACAAGGUGCAAUACCUGACAAACUCUCCAACCUUCACAACUUGGAGUAUCUUUAUGCCGGGUUCAAUAAUUUUUAUGGCUCCAUACCAGCUGGGAUUUUCAACAUCUCAACAUUGAAAGAGGUUGAAUUCGCAGGAAAUCAACUCACAGGGAUUCUUCCAUUAAAUAUGGGUCAUCAAUUGCGCAAUCUAGAAAUACUUUCACUGUACGAAAAUAAUAUCAGUGGAGUUAUACCAGGUUCCAUUGGAAAUUGCUCUAAACUAACCCUUUUAGAUCUUUCAGUAAACCAGAUGACAGGCACAAUUCCUGAAUCCCUAGGAAACCUUGAGGCUAUAGAACGCCUAUUCCUUUCCGUUAAUCAGCUCACAAGUGAUCCAACAUCAUCAGGAUUACAUUUUCUAACAUCCUUGACACAAUGUAAAUCUUUGACUGAUUUAGAGCUAGAUGCAAAUCCGAUCAAUUGGAUCCUCCCGAAUUCUGUUGGGAAUCUUUCUACCUCUCUUUUAUAUUUUUCAGCAGCAUUUACAAAUAUGAGAGGUCCCAUACCAAGUGACAUUGGCAACCUAAGUAAUCUAAUCGCUAUCCAUCUAGGUGCCAACCAGUUGAUUGGAGGUAUUCCAAAUUCCAUCCAAGAUUUGAAAAAUAUCCAGAUAUUAUCACUAAGGAAUAACAAACUAGGGGGAAAUUUGGAUAUGUUAUGCAACAUGCACAAUUUGGAUGAAUUGUCAUUACGCAAUAACCAAGUUUCGGGACCAAUUCCAGAUUGUUUUGGCAACAUGACUUCUCUAACAAAAAUUUUCCUAGAUAACAACUUACUAAACUCAACUAUUCCUAGCAAUUUUUGGAAACUCAAAGAUCUGAUUUUUCUUGACCUUGCAUCCAACUUCUUCAACGGAUCAUUACCUAUGGAGAUUGGAAACAUGAAGGCAACAAUAUAUAUGGAUUUUUCCAUGAAUCGAUUAUCAGGGGUGAUUCCAACAACAUUGGGUGGUUUGCAAAACCUUCAAAACCUAUCCUUUGCAAAUAACUUAAUGGAAGGAUCCAUACCGGAAUCAGUUAGAAAUAUGUUGAGUUUAACAUCCCUAAACUUGUCGCAUAAUAACCUCUCAGGUCUUAUACCGAAGUCAUUGGAGGCGAUUCAGUCUCUCCAGGUCUUUGAUGUUUCAUUUAAUCAUUUAGAAGGAGAGAUCCCUUCUGGUGGUCCUUUCGAAAACUUCACAAGUGAAUCAUUUAUCUCCAAUGAUGGAUUGUGCGGAGAUGCCAAGUUCGAGGUUCCUCCAUGCCCAAAGAUUUCAUCUCACAAACGAAGACCAAAAAGGUUUCUUGUAUACGUAUGCAUUUCACUUGGAUGUACUGUUGUUAUUGUUUUUGCCUUAGCAUUAUUACUCAGAAAAUAUUGGAAGAAAUCAAGAGCUUCAGGGGAAAAGUCAAGUUUGAUAGAGGUCACACAAGAAAGAAUUUCAUACUAUGAACUUCUUCAAGCAACUGGUGGACUUGACGAAAGCAACUUGCUUGGUUCGGGAAGUUUUGGAUCCGUUUAUAAAGGGAUUCUCAGAGAUGGAAGGUCCAUUGCAGUGAAAGUAUUCCAUUUUCAAAUUGCAAAAGCAUUUGAGAGUUUUGACGUCGAAUGUGAAGUGUUCAGGAAUGUUCGCCAUAGAAACAUAGUGAAGGUCAUUGGUAGCUGCUCUAACCAUGAUUUUCAGGCACUGGUACUACAAUACAUGAGUAAUGGCAACCUGGAGACAUGGUUAUAUUCGAAUAAUCAUUUCUUAAGCAUCUUACAAAGAUUGAACAUAAUGAUAGACGUGGCGAGCGCAUUGCACUACCUUCAUCAUGAAUACACCACAUUGGUGAUUCAUUGCGAUCUGAAACCUAGCAAUGUGUUGCUUGACGAAGACAUGGUUGCUCAUGUAAGCGAUUUUGGAAUCGCAAAAAUGUUGUCAAAAGAGGAAAGUAUGGCGCUAACCAAGACCUUUGCCACAAUUGGCUACAUUGCACCAGAGUAUGGAUCUGAAGGGCGGAUAUCGAGGAGGUGCGAUGUUUAUAGCUAUGGAAUCAUGCUAAUGGAAGUGUUCACAAGGAAAAGACCAAAUGAUGAAAUGUUCACCGAGAAAUUGAACAUUAUAGCUUGGGUAAAAAAUGCAGUGUCUGAUUCAAUCCUUGGAGUCAUAGAUGCCAACUUAUUAACAUCAACCGAAGAACAUUUUGCUCAAAAGCUGGAGUGUAUAUCAUCAAUCAUGGAGUUGGCAUUGAAAUGUGUUUGUGAAACUCCUAAAGACAGAGUUAGUAUGGCAGAAGUGGUUCCAUGUCUCAACAAAAUCAAACUCAAAUUUCUUCAAUAUUUGUAAUAGGGGACGCUAAAAGUUGGAAGAAUUGAUUUAUAAUCUAAUUGAAGAAGAAAAGUCUGAGACUAGAUUACAGUAUUUUUGAGACUAAAGAUUUUCGCAGUAACACCAUUAUUAUGGGCACUGUCAACGUAGAUGAUCUAGUACUUCAACUUUAGCAUCCUUUCCUUAAUUCCAUGCAUUGCGGGAAGAUCUAACUUCUCAGUCCCUUUCAUUUUGUACUACGUACCUUGAAUGCACAGCGACCC